AGCACCGCGGGGGCGGGUGGGAAGAGAGUAGUGCGGCCGGUUGCGCUUGGUUUGCCUGUUUCUAAGUGGUCGCGCCCCUUUGGAGGGACGCGAACAGACUGCGAGGCCCUGGCGGGCUCCCUCGCGUCCCCGGUGAUUGUAAAGUGCUGACCAGUUGCCACUGGACAUCAUUGAAACAAUAGGAAGAUGACAGCAAACCCUUCAGGACAAGGUUUUCAAAACAAAAAUAGAGUUGCAAUCUUGGCAGAACUGGACAAAGAGAAAAGAAAAUUACUUAUGCAGAACCAAUCUUCAACAAAUCAUCCUGGAGCUAGCAUUGCACUCUCGAGACCCUCUCUUAAUAAGGACUUCCGGGAUCAUGCUGAGCAGCAGCAUAUUGCAGCCCAACAGAAGGCAGCUUUGCAGCAUGCUCAUGCACAUUCAUCUGGAUACUUCAUAACUCAAGACUCUGCAUUUGGGAAUCUUAUUCUUCCCGUUUUACCUCGCCUUGACCCAGAAUGAAGAAGAAUUCAUGAUGAAAGUGACUUUGUAAUAUCACAUGCCAAAGCUGUAUUAUUCAGUGCUAUACAAACUGUGACCUUCAGAAUUUUGGUGAACUUUUAUAUUUUUUAAAUUUGUACAUGCUCUUAUUUAGUGUUACUGCUAUAUAAAUGAUGUGCCCAUGUAAUUUUAUUGUCCAUUUUUAUUCUAUUUAAAAAUUUGUCAGUUGAGCCCCAUUUUAAUUACUUUUAAGUAGGAAUGAGUUAGGUUAAGCAACUUUCUCAACAUGACCCACCUUUAACAGAAUCUUGCAUGCUUAUUUAAAUAUGCAGUCCCCACCACCCUUCCCUAGUCCUACAGAAUUAGAAUCUGACUCAAAAUAGAGUCUGGAAACCAUGGGUUAGAGAAUUGUAUAACAUACCUGUUAUACAGAAUUUUCAUGAUAUGUUUAUAUGUUCAUGGAUUUGUAGAUCCAUGAAAUGUAGAGGUCAUUUAGCUAAAAUGUACUUUUUUUUUUUUUUUUACUUUUAAUAGGGUUGAAAUUAUAUUUACACUAUAUCACAGAUUUAGUAUUUUGUAUAACUUUUUAUAACUGACCUCAUCUUGGCCUUGAGUCCCCAUAUUCUGUGAUGGUAGGACAAAAUUUAAAUUUAAAAUUCCAGUUUGGUUCAAUAUUUAGUUAAACUUCUAUUCCCUUUUCAAAGAGUUUCUUCUCUCCCUUUUUCCCUAGAUAUUUUCUUUCUUUUUUUUUUUUUUAGCAACUUCCUGGUAUGGGGAUCCAAACCCUUGACCUUGGUGUUAUAACACCAUGCUCUAACCAACUGAGCUAACCGGCCAGCCCUUCCCUAGAUAUCUUCACUAAUCACAUACCUCCAUUCUACCCAAAUUAAGUGAAGCAAGAGUAGACAAUUCUAGAAUUGGCUGUGUCAUUUAGAUUCUUGCUCUUGAGAAUUUGAACUGAUUUCCUUCAUUUGGGUGAGUCAGCAGCUGUCCCCAUAGUAAUGGUCACCAUUACAGCAAUAGUGCCCUUACCCCAGCUGCUGAGGAGCUCCCCCGAGGGCCCCUAGUUCCUGUCCUUCAGGUCCAUCCAGCUAUUCCAUGGGCCUCCUUAUAAUAGCCCUCAUUUUCUUGAAUUAAUUUCACUAAGUUUCUGUUCUGUGUGAUUUGUGAUAUACUGACAUGGUUCUAAAUCUUUCUACUGAUACUGAGGAGAUAAAACAUUGCAUAGUUUUUACUAUUGAAGCCUCUACCUAAUGUUUGACUUUUGUAACCCAGGUAAAGAGAUCUUUUUACCAGUGGUAUCCUUUCUAGUCUCAGUGUUUUAAAUAGAUGUUACCUAAGUCUUGUAGUCAGGCUAGUAAGCACUUCCCUCCACCCCUCUGGUUUGAGUCACUUAAAAAUUCAGUUCAGGGCCGAGCCCGUGGCGCACUUGGUAGAGUGCUGCGCUGGCAGCACGGUGACGCUCCCGCCGCGGGUUCGGAUCCUAUAUAGGACUGACCGGUGCACUCACUGGCUGAGUGCCGGUCACGAAAAAAACGACAAAAAAAAAAAAAAAAAAAUUCAGUUCAAUUCCAUAUGUAUUAAUACCUACUCUAUAAAGCACUGUUAUGGGGGACACAAAAGAUGAGUGAGACCUGCUUUUAAGGAGGUCACAGUGAAGAGGAUCCUAUUCUGGUACACCAGUAGUUAUAAAGCAAGCCAGAUGCAGUAAGUGGCAUGUGAGAGGCAUCCUGGAGCACACUGCAGUCUAGAUAGGCUUAGAAGUAUUAACGUGAUUUCACCUGGCAAGGGAGGGAAGAGCUGCUCCAGGCAAAGGUCAAGAUUUCAUAAUCAAAGAGAAGUGGGAACUGAGCCAGGUGCGCGGACUGCAGGGGAUGAUGGAAAGGGCAGCAGUGGACUCGGUCAGAAGCCCCAAGGUGAAGUUUCAGCACUGCUUCCCUCGGACUGUGGGUGAAUUUGGGAAAUGCACUUAACGUCUCAUUGCGUGUCACUCCAUCUGUAAGAUGGGAACAGCACAGACCCUGCCUGUGUCAUAAAAUAUCUAGAUCAGUAUUUUUCAAAUUGCAGGUCUCAACCCAUUACUGAAUUGAGAAGCCAACUUGAUGGUUUAGUGGGGUCUGACCAGCAUUUUUUUAGAAAAAUAAAACAGAAAACAGUACACUGCAUGUGGUAAUAGGUGGCUUUGCUUCAUUAAUCUUCUGUGUGUGUGUGUGUGUGUGUGUGUGUGUGUCUGUGUCUGUGUGUGUGUGUGUGUGUGUGUGUGUGUGUGUAUUUUACUACUUUUGUUUAUUGUCCCACUAGUACGUAAAGUCCUCGAGGGCAAGAUUUUUUUCUUUCUUUUCCUUCCUCUUUUCCUUUCUUUCUCUCUUACUUUGUAUUUUACUUGUAUUCUGUAUUCCACUUAGAAUAGCAUUUGUCAUAUAGUAGUUGUCCAAUAGCUACUUGUUGAAGGAAUGAAUGAAAGAAUAUUUAUGACCUGGGUUGUAUGUAAAAUGUAUUUUUUUACUGUGAGUCAUGGCAAAAACAUUUUGAAAGCCCCUACUAAAUAAUACAGAUGACAGUGCUUUGUAUGAACCUGGAAUAAAAACUGGAAUUACUCAGUUUCAAA